GCACCUUCACAUCUGAGGCCGUGGUUCUCGUUGAGCAUUGGGCUGAGUGUGAAGGGAGUUUGAAUUCUAGUCACUGACGCAGAGACGUCAUGACUCGACCCCCGAACUCCCGGCUGUCCGCUGGCGUGACCCCAUCUGAACGGGGGACCGCCGGUCAGAGCCGGGCGCAGCUGGAUGUUUGGCUUUUUGGGCGUGUGAGCGCUUGUUUUCUUCCCUCGUGGGGACUUGGAAUUGGAGCUGAACACAUCGGAUCCGCCACGUUCUGACGGAGCUUCCCGAGAAUCCAAAGCGACAUGUGUGUCCUCGCUGUGGGUGACGUCAGCAGGAGGCGUCACCCCCCCCUUCAGGUAGACCCGGCUGUGACCCGGACAGAGGAGCCAGUGUGACGACGCGGUGCCAGGUGGAAACCGCGAGUCUCUGGAGGAGCAGCGAGCAGGAGGAGCGAGGAGAGAACAGGGAAGUGGAACCGCCGGAGAGGAUGUUCAGCUGGGUCAAGCAGGAGCAGGGCGGCCGCAACAAGGACGGCGAGAUGUACGCCACCGUCACCGACGGACUCCAGAGCCUCUACACCAAGAAGCUGCUGCCGCUGGAGGAGACCUACCUCUUCCACGACUUCCACUCGCCGGCGCUGGAGGCCGCCGACUUCCAGAGCAAGCCCAUGGUCCUGCUGGUGGGACAGUACUCCACCGGGAAGACCACCUUCAUCAGGUAUCUUCUGGAGCAGGACUUCCCAGGGAUGCGGAUCGGACCGGAGCCAACCACGGACGGCUUCAUCGCGGUGAUGUACGGGGAGAACGAGGGCGUGGUCCCGGGCAACGCUCUGGUGGUGGACCCCAAGAAGCCCUUCAGGAAGCUCAACGCCUUCGGAAACUCCUUCCUCAACAGGUUCAUCUGCUCUCAGAUGCCGAACCAAGUGCUCCAGAGCAUCAGCAUCAUCGACACGCCGGGAAUCUUGUCCGGAGAAAAGCAGCGCAUCAGCCGAGGUUACGACUUUGCCGAGGUCCUGCGCUGGUUCGGGGAGCGCGUGGAUCGGAUCAUCCUGCUGUUCGACGCACACAAGCUGGACAUUUCCGACGAGUUUUCUGAGGCCAUCCGGGCCCUGAAGGGCCAGGACGACAAGAUCCGCGUCGUGCUCAACAAAGCCGACCAGGUGGACACGCAGCAGCUGAUGAGGGUGUACGGCGCCCUCAUGUGGUCGCUCGGGAAGGUGAUCAACACUCCUGAGGUGGUCCGCGUGUAUCUGGGCUCCUUCUGGGCCAAACCUCUGCAGAACACGGAGAACAGGCGACUGUUUGAGGCAGAGUCCCAGGACCUGUUCCGGGACAUCCAGAGUCUCCCCAGGAACGCCGCACUCCGGAAGCUCAACGACCUCAUCAAGAGAGCCAGACUGGCCAAGGUCCACGCCUACAUCAUCAGCUACCUGAAGAAGGAGAUGCCGUCUCUGUUUGGACGAGAGAAGAAGAAGGAGGAGCUGAUCAUGCGGCUGCCCGAGAUCUACGCCAUCCUGCAGAGGGAGCACCACAUCAGCCCCGGGGACUUCCCCAACGUCAACAAGAUGCAGGAGAUGCUCCAACACUACGACUUCAGCAAGUUCCCGUCUCUGAAGAUGAAGCUGAUCGAGUCGGUGGACAAGAUGCUGGCCAGCAAGAUCGCCGUGUUGAUGGCCAUGAUCCGCGAGGAGGAGACCAAGCAGCCGCCCGCCAUGGUGUCCGGCGGGGCCUUCGAGGGCUCGCAGGAAGGCCCCUUCGGCCGUGGCUACGGCGAGGGGAUCAGCGCGGGCGUGGAUGCGGACGACUGGAUCGUGGGCCGAGACAAACACCGCUAUGACGAGAUCUUCUACACGCUGAUGCCCAUCAACGGCAAGAUCACCGGCGUCAACGCCAAGAAGGAGAUGAUGACCUCGCGGCUGCCCAACACGGUUUUGGGAAAGAUCUGGAAACUGGCCGACCGAGACAACGACGGGAUGCUGGACGACGAAGAGUUUGCGCUGGCGCAGCAUCUGAUCAAGAUCAAGCUGGAGGGCUACGAGCUGCCCGCCGAGCUGCCGCCACACCUGGUGCCGCCCGCGCACCGGAAACACCCCACAGCCGACGCCCUCUACAACCACCACGAGGACUAGAGCGCACUCUAGCGGCUGCCAAAGACACUGGCGGCUCUCCAGACCGCUGGUCCGGGUCCCAUCAGCUGAUGUUUUAUUUUGGCCUGUCACAUUUCCUGUGUCAGGCUUUUAUUGUGAAUGGCGACGUCAUAUUUAUACCUGACGCCGCACAAUGUAAACACAAAGUGCCUGAUCCAACUAUUGCAAGCUGAACGUGAAGCACUCGCUCUGGCGACCCCUCUGGUGACGUCAGGUCACUGCAGCACAAUCUCCACCUACAAAGCCAAAGAGGCGCUUUAGCUUUUCAGAGUUAAACUGUGUUUUUAAAGACACACACGAACCCAUGACGCUGUCCACACGGUUGAACAGGAAAGUCAGGGUGCAGAAGGUCAAUGGGAGCGCUGUGACCUCUGUGACCUUGCCUGAGGUUGCUCGCGCCACUCUCGGUCCGCCUGAACACACGUCGCUUUCUUCUCUCGCUUCUCUCUGCUGCAGCUGUUGUCAUCAGAACUCAGACUUCUCUGUGCAGCUGUGGAGCUAACGCUUCAGCAGAUUAAAAACCUGACUCAUCUUCCACGUGACAAACGUUCCAACGUCUCCUGUGGUCAUUUCCGCUGGAGGCCUCACCAAGUCAGCCUCCUCCACUUGUCCGGAUCCGGUCACGUCCUCAUCCACCCAAACCCUCUGGAAGCAGGCUGGGGCUCUCUCCAGGGAUCUGCUGCCUGCAUGUCUGAUGUGGCACCUGCUCUCUGAAGUAGAGCCCUGUGCUGACUCCCCUCCUGAGGAGUCUCUCCAGUCUGGUGUGCGGCUGACGUUGUGUAACUGAGGGUGGUUGUGCAACGUCCUGUUGCUCAGUCAGGAAGCUUGAGUCACUCAUUUGGUCCCUGGAAGGAAAAGGAACCUUCAGAUUUGUCACAGCUUUUGCUGAAGGUUUCCUCCUGCAGCUUCCUCCCUGGACCUGUCCAGGCUCAGCAGGACCCUCCCCCGCCCCACCAGGAGCCGCAGCGAGGCCACACCACCAACGACUGUUUCACUUCUGCAUUUAGUCUGGAAAACAUGCGACUGUUGCUUUUUCACGAGGAAAUGUGCCUGUAUGACGAAUGGACAUACCACGGCCUCCAGGGGGCAGCAGAUGGAUGUGGACUCCGGGAAGGGUGUCCAGCGUAUGGACUCAUGCUUCUGUUUUCUGCAUUCACUUUGGCUUUGGUCAUGGUCUCGGCAAGGCCCUUCAUGUUCAUGUUGUCCUGAGCCCAAGAGGCUGUAAAUAA